AUGAAGUCUUUCAUCUUCAGCAACAACAAAUCGAACAAAAAGCAAACAAUGUUCGCAAACAUCGCGGCACUCUCCAUUGUUGUUCUACAAUUGCUUGGACAGUUAAACAUCACAAGAGCGAAAAGCGUCGGUCAUUGGAAUCACAGCCUUCAGGAUGGAAAGGUAACGCUUGCCAAAGGCUCGAGGGUUGCUGCCGACAGAGAAGAUUUUGGACAGUAUAUGUGGAGUUCUCCUAAUGCUUGUAUUAUUAACACUCUGAACAUGGAGAAGAGUAAUUAUUAUAUCACUCUAUUAUACUACAAGGAUAAGGAUAAAGAGGCGAAAGGCUGUACUGUAGAUCUUUUAACUGAUAAGAAGGACGAAAUUGUUUUCUCGGCUGUUUUGUGGCAUUUUUCUGGAGGUGGGAUUGGUGGUUGUUUAAAAAAGGAUGACAUCAAUUCGAACGUAUUGCCUUUUGCCUACAGCCUGACAAAUGAAGAGGUCAAGAAAUUCCACAAUGGCCCUCUUUUCGCUGAUGGUGCGUGUCCUGGUUGUUAUGAGGGAUGUGUCAAAAAGACUGGUCUAGAACUUAGAUGGGCAUCUUAUAAAGAUCGAGACGACGAAUAUGCUUUGCUUUCUGUAAAUCCAAUUGCCACAAAAUUGGUUCACACUACAAGUAAAUUCUGGCCCAUGAGUGAGGAAGGAAUUAAAAUGAAUUCUGUUCUUACUAUCAACCAAAAGGAUCCUAAAUUUCACAUCAGUUCUCCAAUAAAUGAGCCAAACAUCAAGGAUCAAAAAUCUAUCUGCAUGAAUAACCUUACAGAAAAUAUUCUCUCGCCUUCAACAUGGGAAAUUGUCGGUACGAGGCCAGAUCCUAUAAUGACUCGUUUGUUGGUUUUUCAUCUUCUUCCACAAACAGCAUCGCGAAAGAUGACAAUGAAGGUAGAAGAUCUUGUUACAAGAAAUAAGAAAUACUAUGUUGUAAAAAACGAUCACCCAGAAGGGCAAAAAUGCGAUUUUAUGGAGAUCUCCUUCGAUAAGCGUAACUACAGAUUGCUGACUGUUUCUCCUAUUACUUCAACACCGAAACCAACACCUACAGAAUUGCCAACUCAAGGCUUACCGAUUAUGCAACAGAAAACUGCACUCUCUUCCAAAGGAGCAACUAAAUCCCCCUCCAAAACUACAAUCACAAAAGCUAAAACAAUGAGGGCUUCUACCACCAAAGAUUCUUCAGGGUCUCUGUUUCUUGUUGUGAUUAUCGUUGUUGUCGUUAUUAUUUUGGUUGCUAUUGGGAUUGGAAUUGCUGUCUACUUUGUCUCUAGGAAGGACUCAGGCAAGAAAGAGAAAGGUGCUGCUAGACCCAACAAAUAA